CUGGUCACUCAUCGAUUCGAGCAGGCAGGCGAUCCAGCACCUUGCGUCGAAAGCCGUCCAGCAGCAGCGUUUUGGCCGGUCACGGUGAAGACCCCGUUUCCACCGCGUCUCUACAGUCUGCCGGAGACGCAAGGCCAAAGAGGGCGUCAGCGUACCGCCGCCAUCUUGUCGAGCUACCUUGACCGACCGCGGCCAUGGCGGACGUAGAGCGUGAGAAGUGGUCGAACAAGAUCGAGUUCAUCCUCUCUUCCGUCGGCCUGUCCGUCGGCCUGGGCAACGUUUGGCGCUUUCCGUACGUGGCCUUCGACAAUGGCGGAGGGGCGUUCAUGGUGCCGUAUAUUGUCCUCAUGCUCAUCCUGGGUCGCCCCAUGUACUACUUGGAGCUCGUCCUGGGCCAAUUCGCCAGCAACGCGCAGGCCAGGGCCUUCGGCGGAUUCCCUCUCGCCAAGGGCGUGGGCUGGGCCAUGGUGUACGCGUGCGCGUUCAUCAGCCUGUACUACAACGUGAUCUUGGGCUACGCGCUGCUCUACCUCGUCUACUCCUUCAGCGGGACGCUGCCGUGGACGAGCUGCGACUACUCCGAUUGGGCCGACAGCGACUGUUACAACCCUCGGCCGGGCGUCGUGCCGUGCCGGACGGUUGAGCCGCGCCUCCUGAGGCUGUACGCGGGAGAGAACUACACGGGGCCCGACGCACACGCCAUCCUGCACGGCUCCGACGUGGUGCUCGUGCCGCGGCAGGCCUACGAGCUCCUCGCCAACUCCUGCACCAUGGCCACCCAGACGGCGCCCGAGCAGUUCUUCUAUCGCCAUGUGCUUGGACUGAGCAGCGGCAUCGAGCAUCUGGGCUCGCUACAGCCUCGGCUGGCCAUCGCUCUCGUCGUGUCGUGGUUGUGCGUGUACCUGUGCAUCUUUAAGGGAAUCAAGUCGUCGGGAAAGGCGGUCUACGUGACGUCACUGGCUCCGUUUCUCAUCCUGGGCAUGCUGUUCGUGCGUGGCAUCACUCUUCCGGGAGCUUCGGACGGAAUCCGGUUCUACCUGGUGCCCGAUUGGUCGAUCAUCACGCGCGCAAGGGUGUGGAAGAACGCUGCCGAGCAGAUAUUCUACUCGCUUAGCCUCGCCGAGGGAAUGAUCAUCUGCUUUGGCGGAUUCAACGAAUUCAGGAACCGGCUUCACAAGGACGUGCUCGUCGUGGCGGCGGCCGACUUCGUGGUGAGCCUGAUGGGCGGCAUGGUGGUCUUCUCGGUGCUCGGCAACAUGGCGUACAACAUGGACGUUCCGGUCAACGACGUCGUCUCUUCCGGCGUCGGACUGGCGUUCAUCGCGUAUCCGCAGGCGCUGAGUAUGAUCGCUUACCCGCAGAUCUGGUCGGCGGCCUUCUACGCGAUGCUGUUCUUUCUCGCCAUUGAUACGGAGUUCUCGUCGGUGGAGUGCCUGCUGACGCCGUUCAAGGACCAGUUCCCGGCGCUGCGGUCGCACGGCCCGCUGUUGUCGUUCGCCGCGUGCGCGCUCAUGUGCGCGUUCGGCAUGCCCAUGGCCAGCCGAGGGGGCCUCUACAUCCUCACCGUGAUGGACACCUACCUGGGCGGGUACCUGCUGCCGUGGAUCGGGCUCGCCGAGCUGCUCGUCGUCCUGCUCGGUUACGGACUGAGGCGCUUCUGCGCCGACAUCGAGUUCAUGACCGGCGACCAGCCCGGCGUGGCACUCAAGAUCUGCUGGGCCGUGUUCUGCCCCUUGUGCCUCACGUGGAUCGUGAUCGCCGACCUGUUUCUGUACAACGAACCGCUGACGCUGGGCGAGUACACGUUCCCGAAGUGGGUGAACGUGGUCGGCACGUACACGGUCAUCGUGGCCGUCAAGAUCAUCGCCGCCUUCGCCCUCUACCACUUGCACAGCUGCGGAUACGACCUGCACAAGGCCCUGCUUCCUUCGCACAACUGGGGACCUAAGGACCCCGUAGACCAUCGCGAGUACCUGUGCUUUCUGCGACAGCGGGGCAUGAGCCGCCUGUCCGAGCAAGACUCUCAGCUGUUGCCGCCGCUGGAAGACAAAAGCGGCACCGAUUCGUCGCGGGCGCCCCCUGUCGGCCUCGAUCAGUCCGUGCCGCUGACGGAAGCAGCAGCGCCCCUGCCGGACAAUGCGCCGGCGAAUCCUGACGUCACGCCCGACUUGCCUGAGGUGGACGCCGCGCCACCUGCCGCCAUUGCUUCUGGCGCCAACGUAACGGCCGCCAUCUAAAAUCCUAGAUGCGUUGAUGGACAUGGCGACGUCUUUUGCCAUCGAAUAAUAUUGUUUCGUGUUUUCGGGACGUUUAUCUUGGCGCGUUUCUCGCUGUAUAUAACGCUCGCCCAUUAUCCUUAAUUUUCCCCCUUUUGCUCCGUGAAAUUAAAAAAAGCGAUUGGCCGUAUACUCGCACGCAGAAGUAAUCGUAAA